AUUAAUAUAAACAGUUGGAGUUUUUAAGGAGUUAUAUACAAGGAUAUAAGCAUAAUAAUAUAAAAAUGUCACAAAAUUCACGUUUUCGGCAUAAUAACCGGCGAAAUCAGCAAAAGCACAAGACUGGACAAGAUUCUAAUUUUAGUGAAGAAUUAAAUCCCGUUGUAAAAGUAUUCCAGGAAUACGCGCUUGAGCUGGACGACAAACAUGAUCGAUAUGAACGAAUUGUGAAACUUAGCCGCGAUAUCACCAUUGAAUCAAAACGUAUAAUUUUUCUUUUACAUACCAUAGAUGGUAGAAAAAACAAUCGUUCUAAAGUACUAGAAGAAGCUGAAAAACGCUUAACAAAAGUGAUUGAGGUAAAUUUUAAGUCUAUAGCUUUGGAGCUGAAUGGACAGGAUCCCUAUCAAUACAGAUGCGCAUACUCACCGGGAUUACAGGAAUUCAUUGAAGCAUAUAGUUUUAUGGAGUAUUAUAAAAGUGGUGCUGAUGAAAAGCCAGGCACAAUGUCGGAUUGGAUGUUUUUGCAACAAAAAAUGCAAUAUGAACGAGAUGAUAAACUUAAUACAAUCACAGACGAGUCUCAGAAAACAAUAGAAAGCCCAAAUCAACUGGAUAUAGAAACUGAUGUUAAAACUGUACCCCAAAAGUUUGAAUUCUUCGUUGACCCUACGGAAUAUAUUUUGGGAAUAGCCGAUCUUACUGGCGAAUUAAUGAGACGGUGCAUUAAUUCUUUGGGUAGUGGAGAAACGGAUGUGUGCUUGGAAACGUGUAAAGUUCUACAACAGCUUUAUUCAGGGUAUAUAAGUCUUAAUGUACAACGUUGUCGAGAAUUAUCUCGUAAAAUUUAUACAAUGCGUCAAAGUGUUUUAAAAGCUGAAAAUGUUUGCUAUAACGUGAAAGUGCGUGGUGGAGAAGCAGCGAAAUGGGGUGCUGUGUUUGAAAAUAAAAUGAAUGAUGAUUUGGAUGAAGGAUUUUAUUAAAAUGAAAAUUUAUAACAAAAAUAAAUGAUUAUUCACUCAAUUAAAGUUUCUAAAUGUAAAAGAAUCACAAUUAAAAAUAUGAUAAAAAACAUUAAAAGCUAUAAUACUAUUCAUACUUAAAAAAAAUA